AUGAAAGUGCUCGUUAUAUUUGCUUUAGCUUUUGCCUUCGUCUCGGCAUCGAUUCAGAAUUAUAAACAAGUUGUUGGCAUCACUAGAGGACAUGACGCAUCACUUGGUGAGUUUCCCUACCAAGUCCUACUUAUAAUGCGCAACAAUACAGCAAAUAUAGAAAAUACGUGUGGUGGCUCCUUGAUAAGCAACACUUGGGUUCUUACGGCGGCCCAUUGUACAUUCGGGGCUGAAACUGUCACCGUUGGAUUGGGCAGCAUUUUGAAAUUGUCUCCACUGAUACAGCACACCGUGACCAAAAAGAAUAUUGUUUACCAUAAGAACUUCAACAACAAGACUUUGUUCAACGACAUCUCACUCAUUCGCAUUCCACGUGUUAAAUUCAACAAAUACAUUCAACCGGUUAAGCUGCCAAAGCUGAAGUCACAUCCCGAUACCUACACUGGACAUGACUCGAUUGCCACCGGCUGGGGACUUACUUUGAACGCUAGUAAUAUGUACCCCGAUGUACUGCAGUAUACACACUUUAUGAUCUUGAGCAUGAACAUUUGCACAGCAUCAUGGGGCAAAGAGAUCACUAAAUCAAACCUUUGCGUUUCUACUAAACUGGGCAACUCCAUUUGCAUUGGUGACUCUGGUGGCCCAUUGGUAGAGUAUUACAGCAUGGUUCAGAUCGGUGUGAGCUCAUUCGUUUACAAAGAUUCAUCGAUUCUAAAGUAUGAACAAGAUGUUGGCAUCACUAGAGGACAUGACGCUUCGCCUGGUCAGUUUCCCUACCAAGUCCGACUAAUAAUGCGGAACAAUACAGCAAAUAUAGAAAAUACGUGUGGUGGCUCCUUGAUAAGCAACACUUGGGUUCUUACGGCGGCCCAUUGUACAUUCGGGGCUGAAACUGUCACCGUUAAAUUGGGCAGCAUUUUGAAAUUGUCUCCACUGAUACAGCACACCGUGACCAAAAAAAAUAUUUUUUACCAUGAGAACUUUUGCAAAAAGACUUUGGUCAACGACAUCUCACUCAUUCGCAUUCCACGUGUUAAAUUCAACAAAUACAUUCAACCGGUUAAGCUGCCAAAGCUGAAGUCACAUCCCGAUACCUACACUGGACAUAACUCGAUUGCCACCGGCUGGGGUCUUACUUUGAACGCUAGUAAUAUGAACCCCAAUGUACUGCAGUAUACACACUUUAUGAUCUUGAGCAUGAACAUUUGCACAGCAUCAUGGGGCAAAGAGAUCACUAAAUCAAACCUUUGCGUUUCUACUAAACUGGGCAACUCCAUUUGCAUUGGUGACUCUGGUGGCCCAUUGGUAGAUUUUCCCAGCACGGUUCAGAUCGGUCAUUUGAAUAUGAAGGUGCUCGUUAUAUUUGCUUUGGCUCUUGCCUUCGUCUCGGCAUCGAUUCUAAAUGAUGAACAAGAUGUUGGCAUCACUAGAGGACAUGACGCUUCGCCUGGUCAGUUUCCCUACCAAGUCGGACUUAUACUGCAGAACUAUACAGCAAAUAAUACCUACAUGUGGGCGUGUGGUGGCUCCUUGAUUAGCAACACUUGGGUUCUUACGGCGGCCCAUUGUACAUUCGGGGCUGAAAAGGUCACCGUUGGAUUGGGCAGCAUUUUGAAUUCCUAUCCACUGAUACAUCACACCGUGACCAAAAAGAAUAUUGUUUACCAUGAGAACUUUAGCAACAAGACCUUGUUCAACGACAUCUCACUCAUUCGCAUUCCACGUGUUCAAUUCAACAAAUUCAUUCAAGCGGUUAAGCUGCCAAAGUUGAAGCCUCAUCCUGAUACCUAUACUGGACAUGACUCGAUUGCCACCGGAUGGGGACUUACUAUGAACGCUAGAAAUAAUUAUACGGAUGUACUGCAGUAUACACAGUUUAUGAUCAUGAGCGUGAAAAAUUGCAGUGCAUCAUGGCACAGUCACAUCCCUAAAUCAAACCUUUGCGUUUCUACUAAACUGGGCAACUCCAUUUGCUAUGGUGACUCUGGUGGCCCAUUGGUAGAUUCUUACAGCAGGGUUCAGAUCGGUGUAAGCUCCUAUGUUAACAAAGGUUGCCAGACGGGAUACCCGGCUGUCUUUAUUCGAGUGACUAGUUACCUUGGCUGGAUAAUGCGAGUCAUUAAGUCAUAAUUCAUA